AUGACUUUAAGGUCAAAGCUUCAGCAAUUUAGAAAAAGUACUGCGUGGAGAGUGGAUUGCAAAGGUGAGGGGAAUAUCAUGUCCAGUCUUCAACAGCAAUGGAGUUCUGAAUUAAAAGUUAGAUUCCCAGGUGACUGCCGCACCACUCCUGAUUCACCUUUCAAGGGUUUUGUCCCAAGGUUUGUAGUCCUUCCUGAUCUUUAUGACAUCCAUUAUGGCACAGUGCACAUCUGUGCACCUUCCGUGGUAGGACUGUGCCUCAAUAUUCUCGUUUUAGUCCAGCGGCUAUCAGAAACCACCAAGACCUUUCCUCAGCAGGAGCGUAAAACCAGAGCCGCCACUAAGUGUAGCAGUGAUAGGGCGAUCCGACAGAUGUGUUAUCGAGGCAGCCGAAUUCGAGUCCUCAGUUUUCGUCUUUCAAGAGCCCUUUCAAGAGCAAUCAUGGCACCAGAGGUCAUUUUCCGUUCAACCGGAGCUCAUCUUUCCCAUGGCGUCAUUUCCCGGUUAACUUUUUCACUCAUCAACGCCUCUGUCUUGUCUAACUGA